CCCAAUAGUUUGUUUAAUGUUUAUUAUUGUUUAUUAUGAAACGGACGAACUUCCAAAAAAUGCGGCUGAUUGUAUGGAAACUGGAAUGGUGCUUAAAAAAUUGAAUUUAUAAGUGUACAUUAAUUCAUUUUUGCUCGUCCGUCCAUGAUUCAUUUUUAUUAUGUUACUCUCGUGUAUUGAUAGUAAUUAUAGUAAAGUGUUUCAAUUCGAAAUAGUGAAGAAAUCGGUGCUUCAAAGUUGACGAUGCUUUGGCUGUAUGCGUUUGUGUUGGUUAUCCACUUCGCUUUUGCUCAAAAUCCAUUUGCUGAAUUUGGUAGACCCAAUCAAGGAAAUCCAUCGAGCAUCAAUUCACCAUGGAACAGCAAUGUAAUUUUGAACGAAGCUACAUUUUUUGUGGUCGCAAGUCGUGUGGUAAGACCUGCACAGGUUUACCGGGUCGCAGCUACUGUAUACUCGAUGAAACACCCUUUAACUAUUCGUUCAUCAAUUCAAAGAAACGGUGUUGAAGUUGCCGCUGACUCUCGAGAUGUGAAAAAGGGGAUUGCAGAAGUACUUUUGAUGAGGAUUCCAGCUACAAGUGUUAGUGGUAACUAUAAACUGAAAGUAGAAGGUCUGUAUUCCGGAGUUCUGGGAGGUGCUGCUUUUGUGAAUGAAACCACACUCAUAUUUUCUCAAAGAUCCAUGACUAUUUAUAUUCAAACCGAUAAACCGAUUUAUAAACAAAGUGAAACGGUAAAAUUAAGAGCCAUUCCUAUUACCACCGAGUUGAGAGCUUUCGAUGGCAUAAUCGACGUGUAUAUGUUGGAUCCCAAAAAACGUAUUAUGAGAAGGUGGCUUUCAAGACAGUCAAAUUUGGGAACUGUCAGCUUAGAAUACGAGCUUUCAGAUCAACCAGUGUUUGGUGAAUGGACUAUUAGAGUUUUGGCGCAAGGUCAAGUUGAGGAAUCAACGUUUCUCGUUGAAGAAUAUUAUCAGACGAGAUUCGAAGUAAAUGUUACUAUGGCUCCGUUUAUUUUUACCACUGACGAAUACCUUACGGGUACCGUGAUGGCAAAUUAUACUGGCGGUGCUCCGGUGGUUGGAAAUCUUACGUUGAAAGCUUCUGUAAGGCCAUUCAAGACUUCAAAUAUUUAUAUUAAAGAUUUUACUCCCAUCUCUGAAAAAUAUUUUUAUUUUGAUGAAUCGUAUCCAUUCUGGUAUCCUCAACAAAAGCGAGAUAAUCUGCAGAGAAUUCCUCAUUUAACAUGGUUUCGAGGAACAUAUCAAUUUCAAUAUCCUGUCCAAGAUCUGAUUCGAGACAUUCCUAAUUUAGACGAAUACGAAGUCGUUAUUACUGCUACAGUAGGGGAACGAUUUUUGGAUGAAAUCGUUGAAGGAUAUUCCGUCGCUCGAUUCUUCAAUUCUUCAGUUAAAGUGUUCUUCUUGGGAUCAGAGCAACAAGUGUUUAAACCUACAUCACCAUUCACAGUUUAUUUGGGAGUGUCUUUCCAUGAUGGUUCGCCAUUACCUCUAUAUCGGUUGAUGGACAGUAAACUCGAAUUAGCGGCAGAAGUUAUAAUGAAGAGUGCUGGUCGUCAUUCUAUCGAUAUCCCAGUUGGCAAGCCAGAAAAUGGUAUUUGGUCACUAAAAAUUGAUUUACGAAGUCAGCUCGGUUUGGGAAACACUCAACAAGGAAGUGAAACUUUGAAGGAUGUAGAUAGUAUUCAUAUAACAGCUACGUUUAGAGACAUUGGAGGUGAACGUAGUUAUACAGAAUUAUAUCUUCAGGCGUAUUACUCUCCGACAGAUCAUUUUAUCAAAGUAUCAACGAGUACUACCGAUGCAAGAGUUGGAGAAUACAUAAUGUUCCAUGUCCAUAGUAAUUUCCAAAUGGAAGUGUUCGAUUAUGUGUUACUUUCAAAAGGCAUCAUUCUGUUAGCUGCUCAAGAAACUACUUCAUCUAAUGUUUACACAUUCGCUGUCACUUUAUCCGCUGAAAUGGCGCCUUCUGCCACGAUCGUGGUUUAUCACGUUGGAAAAUUUGGAGAUAUCAUCGCGGAUAGUUUGACAUUCCCAGUGAAUGGAAUUUCGCGUAAUAAUUUUACAGUAUUCAUCAAUAAUCGUAAGGCUAGAACUGGUGAAAUUGUGGAAGUUGCUGUUUACGGCGAACCAGGUGCUUACGUUGGCCUUUCCGGUCUCGAUAGGCCGUUUUACAGCUUACAACUCGGAAACGAACUAACAUAUGCUAGAGUAUUAUCAAAAAUGAAUUUAUAUGAUCACGAAGGAAACAGCUCAUUUUUGCACACGUGGUUAUCGCACUCAGGAGACCCUGACGAUAUUGUUCAUUUACCUUCAUCAUCGCAUGGAAUUGAUGCGAAUCAGACUUUCACGUUUGCAGGACUUAUAGUUUUUACUGAUGUGGUUGUUCCAAGAAAGACGCAAUAUCGAAAUUACACAAUGGGGUAUAAUUAUCGAAAUGCUCCAACUUAUAAUAUGACUGAAUUAAAUCUCUUUCGAAAAAUGCGUUAUAAUCGCAUACAAAGACAUUACGAAAAUGUUUGGUUAUGGAGGGAUAUAAAUAUUGGUCCUCAUGGUCGAUACAUCUUUGAAAUUCCUGUACCUCAUAAACCUGCUCACUGGAUGAUAACAGCAUUCAGUGUGAGUCAGUCGUUUGGCUUUGGAAUGAUACAAAAACCUAUUGAAUACAUGGGUAUCUUACCAUUUUUCAUUAACGUUGAAAUGCCUACGAGAAGCAGGCAAGGUGAACAAGUUGGUGUAAGGGUCACUGUUUUCAAUUACAUGAAGAACGCUAUAGAAGCUGUGGUACUUUUAGAAGGCUCGAAUUCUUAUAAAUUUGUGCACGUUGAAGAAGAAGGAAUUGUAAGUUCUUAUUCUCCGCGAACUUCAUUUGGCGAACAUCAAUUUUUCGUAUACAUCAAAGCGCAAGAUGCUGUCAUUGUAUAUUUGCCUAUUGUUCCUGUCAAAUUGGGAGAUGUAGAAGUCUCAGUGCGCGCUACAACUUUAAUUGCCAGUGAUAGAGUUUCUCGUAUUUUACACGUCGAGGCUGAUGGUUUGCCGCAAUACAGACACGAGUCAGUUUUGUUAGAUCUGACGAAUCGUGCAUAUAUAUUCCAAUACAUGCAUGUAAAUGUCACUGAAACUCCUAUUAUACCUUACGAUAUUGAUCGUUAUUAUAUUUAUGGAUCAAAUAAAGCGACUAUUUCCAUAGUAGGAGAUGUAGUUGGACCUAUUUUUCCAACGAUGCCCGUAAAUGCUACUUCCUUGCUCAGCUUGCCGAUGGAUGGUGCCGAACAAACCGUUUUUGGAUUUGCGGCCAUGAUGUACACGACUACGUACAUGAGAUUAAUCAAUGCUCGAAAUCGGACUCAAGAAAAAUACUCAUUCCAUCACAUGAAUAUUCAAUAUCAACGUAUGAUCUCUUUUAUGAAUGAUGACGGCUCAUUCAGUUUGUUUCGUAGUGACUGGGAUAUAUCCCCGAAGAGCGUAUGGUUGACCGCUUAUUGCAUCCGUAUUCUUCAAGAAGCGAGGUUUUACGAAUGGGAAAAUUAUCUAUACAUAGAUCCAGAAAUCAUCACAAAAUCGUUGAAUUGGCUAUUACUUCAUCAAACCGAAGAAGGUGCUUUCUAUGAUGUUUCAUGGAUACCGGAUCGAAAAGCCAAUAUAUCUGCACACUUGCCGAAUGAUUAUAAACAUCGUAAUAUUUCGUUAACUGCUCAAGUUUUGAUCGCUCUAACAACUGUAAAAGACGUUGGGUCUUUGGGAGGCCAAGUAAGCAAUGCUCAGUUGAAAGCGAUCCAGUGGUUAGAACAAAAUGCCAAAGUUAUUGAUUUACGAGGUGAUCCUUACGAAGUUGCUGUGGUAGCGUACGCAUUGAUGUUAGCAAAAGCAGCUUCUGCUGGCAUAGCCUACGAUACUUUGAAUAGAAAGAUGAGGCAGGAAGGCGGAUUGAUAUAUUGGGGAAGAGACGCUGUUCCAUUGCCUCCCAAUAAACUGGAAAAUCAGAAAUCAUAUUUGCUACCUCGAUUGCCGUAUAAGUACGAUUCGAUGAAUAUCGAAGCUACUGCUUACGCUCUAUUGGUCUACGUACAGCGGCGACAGGAAGAUGUCAUGGAAGGAAUUGUUAAAUGGCUGAAUACUCAAAGAUUAACCGAUGGUGGUUGGGCUUCGACACAGGAUACUGCUGUUGCUAUGAAAGCCUUGAUGGAGUAUACUAAUCGUGAAAGAAUCAGAGAUGUAUCUGGGUUGUCAGUAUCUGUCGAAGCUACCGCCUUAUCAGGUCAUCCUAGAUGGAUUUAUGUCAACAGCAAGAAUCUUGCUACUCUUCAAAAGAUCGAUAUUCCACAUGCUUGGGGCACCGUUAAAGUUCAAGGGAAAGGAGCUGGUUUCGCAAUUCUUCAAAUGCACGUCCAAUAUAACGUAGAUAUCGCCAAAUUCCAAACACAGCCGCCAAUUCAGGCAUUUUCACUUGUGCCAAAAGCUCACUUCCACGGUAGAAAUCAAUCUCACAUUAUGUAUUAUAGUUGUCAGAGAUGGACUUAUCUAAACGAAUCUAUAAGGUCUGGUAUGGCAGUUCUUGAUGUCACCAUCCCAACGGGGUAUAUUAUACAACAACAAAAUCUCGACAAAUACGUGCGCUCUCGAACUAUUCCGAAUUUGAAAAGAGCUCGAUUUUUAGAGCAGAAAGUUUUAUUCUAUUUCGAUUAUUUGGACGAUUCUGAAACUUGUAUACGAUUCACUAUUGAGAGAUGGUUACCAGUUGCCAACAUGUCGAGAUAUUUACCUAUUCGCGUUUACGAUUAUUACGCACCAGAGCGUUUCAACGAAACUAUAUUCGACGCCACACCUACUUAUUUGCUGAGUAUUUGUGAAGUAUGUGGCAGUAGUCAGUGCCCAUAUUGCCCUAUUUAUAAUACAGCUGCAGUGUUCAAAGCUACAAUUUUAUUCAGUAUUUUAAUCACAUUCCUUGUGAGGUAUUUGAGGUAAAAUAACAUGUGAUAUGUUUGUUCACGUUGAUUUCUCUUAGGCUUUUAUACGUUUUUAUCAAUUUUUUAUAUUAAUUUAUGUAUUUCUUGUGCAAUCGAUAGAAGUUCAACUUUUUGAGAAAUGGAAUCUGAAAAGAUUCGUAAGAACUGUAACUGUUUGUUCUUUUGGGGGGUUCUAUGACCAUGUCGAGAUUAUUUUAAUAAUUAUUUGAAGUCAAAUUUCUCUGCUAGGUAUUUUAAAGUGAUAUUAAUUUGAUUGAAUUUUCAAUUUUCCUUUUUUUUUCUCGGUCCGUUGUAAAAGUAUUUCUAGUCUACACGGAUAUAGAUCUGUGAAUAUUUCAUCACUUGUAAUGUCAAGCGCAUAAUUUUUGUAAGAAAUUAAUUUCUCAUUGAUCUAUUCUGUUUUUUACAUUUUCAAAUCACAUUUUUUUUUCCUUUUUGUGAUUUGUGAUUUGUUAUUAGCAGUUGUAUAUGUAUUUGAAAAAACCGUAAUUUUUUUUUUUUUCAUUUGUUCGUAACUGCAUUGAGAACGAUUGUACAUUUUUUAUAAUUUUUUAUUGAUUUUUUUUACCAAAUUUGAUUUUUUCAAAAUGAUUUUUUAUUUAUUUGUAGAUGAUACGUAUUUUUACGACUUAUUCUCUGUCGAUUACGAUCGAAUCUCAUUAAUUUUACUCUACGUGUAAUUUCCAGAGCUUUUACCCCGAACAAACUGAUACUGUUUUAAUGCUUUUUUUAUUUUUUUAGCUUUUUAAAGUAGUUGUUACUUAUUAUUUCUAUGAUAUGUACUUUAUAUCGAAUCCUAAUGUUAUGUAACACCCAGCAGUCUUUUGUGUAGAAUGUUGAUUGUACCUAAUUGAAGAUUUUGAUCACAUUUUUAUAUAGUUUUAAGUAACGAAGCCGUCCACUUUGAUGCACUUUCUAUUUUACAACUUUCAUUGUCAUCGUUAAAUGUACCUAGUUAUUGGAGUUGUAUAGUAUUUUUAAAGAAAUUGUCGAUUUUUCUACUAUAAUGUACGUAAACGGAAACAAGAUAUUUAUUAAUUUAUUUUCAAUGGCUCUUGUUUUUGUUUGCCUGCGUGAUAAUUUUAAUUACUUGUGCCUUAAAAUUUGUGAUCUUCUUAUAAAGUGUUGUCCAUUCAAAGUGCCUUUUAAAUUUUAAAACAUUAUGUUACCCCUUGAAAAGUUUUAUUUUCAAUACCAUAAUACUGUUUGACAAAAAUUCUUAUUUGAAAAUUUUCAUUUUUGAGUCAAUUAAUACUCAUUGUUUGAACAUCGAUCUGAAUUUGAAAGUAAUUUCGCUGAUGCUUGCAAUUAUUUGGUAGUUUUUAUUAUUUUUUUCUCAAGUUAUGAUAGAGUUUGAAUUUGUAUUAUCUCACGUAAACUGCGUAAACACCUUGAAAGACUGUACUAUUAUAAAUUGAGCUGUGCAUUAGGUUUUUUGUUCUUAUCAUUCAAUGUUAUUUUUAUAAUCACAAGUCCGUCCGCGUCAUAAUGUUAAAUUGUUUAAGCGUAUUAUAAUACAUAUGUAUGAUUAUGUAAAGGACACAUUUUUUGAAAAAAAUGUAUACGUGGUGUUCAUAUGAGAAAUGAGAAUGAAUUAAAAUAUUCCAUUGUAA